AUGAUAUUCCAGAAAGGACAAAGCGGUCCCCUUCUGGAUGUGGUGGUGAGUGCCCUGAACCUUGAACUUUCAGACACCUCUGCGCCAUCCCAGAGCAGUUCUGGACACCCUAAGGACACAGCUGCGCCUGCGCAAUUGGAAUUCGAGUGUACGCAGGUGUCGCUUUUGGCCAUCGCAAAUUCCUUGGGCACUUGUGAUAAUAUCAUCGUCCUGAAGUGCUCGAGUGUGUGUCUCUACGAGACCCCGCCGAUACGCCCCACCUCUACCGCCGAGGAAGCAGGACGUGAGGCUAUGAAUAAACCGAGGGGUCCUAAAAAUAGAUCGAGCGAUGCUGAAAAUAGAUUCAUGGCCGAACGGCUACCGGUGAUUCUACACCCAAGAUUAGACGACUUGUCCAAGCAGUCAGGUGACACGAAGCUACCACCAGAGACCAUGUUGACUGUGACCAUCAGUACGACUACCCAAGCGACGGCAACGGCAAAUGGUGAGAAUGGUGGUGUGCGUGGACGCCAAACAGCUACAAUUGGUACACCGCCAAUCAGACGAUUGGGCCAAAGUACUGCAGAGCAUCCUGACUCCACCCCAGCCACCUAUACCUGGGUAUGA